AUGUUUCAACAGCGAGGAUUGAGGAGCCUUCGCCUCCUUGCAUCGAAAUGUUUCAACAAUCAUCAUCAUCAGCAUCAAACAAUUUUAUUUCAAUUCGGAACGAGGUCUGGUGGUGCCAGUACUUUUAUUCAACGCUCUCUUCAUACGACUAUUUCCAAGAAUGGACCAAAUCAUACCACAGCAACAACAAAUAUCCCAAACAACACCAACAGUACAAUGAGCAAUAAUAAUAAUAUCAACAACAAUUCCUCGUUAAGUACCAUUUACAAGGAAUUGGAAAGUCAAAGACAAUACUAUCUCCAAUAUGUAGAGACAAGACAAGAAAACGAUGUAUUGCAACAGUAUAAUCCAUUGUUUAGACCUUUUCUGAAAGCCUACACGAAUGAAAUUCGUUUUCUUGUGGAUCGUUAUGAACCACUCCGACUUCAAAAACAAUUAGAAGAAGAUGUCAAGCAAGGAAAAAUCCCACAGAAACACAAUGUUAGUUGGGUGUUGCCCAGUAAAGUCGCUCAAAAGGAGAAUGCAAGUACGAGCAGACCUUUGGCAUUACGACUUUUUGGAUUCUUUGGCCAGGAAUCAAUCAUAAAUAGAUCAUGUGAUUUUGUGUGGAACAUGUUGAUGAAUCAUAUUCAUGCAAUUAGAAAGAGUGGAGUCUAUGAAAAAACAAACUUGGCUGGAGUAUCUUGGACGGGUGCUGAUUUCUAUGUGUGGACGAUUCAUUUAUGGGUACUCUUCAGAAGAUUACGUUUCGAAGGAAGUGACGGUGAUUUAAUGUCAAAAAAACUUUGUGACAGAUUUUGGAAUUAUGUUGAGCAUUAUAUCAAUGAUAAUUAUAAGGUCAAUGCAUACACUCUGUCCAAAAAUUUGAAGAGACUUCAACAAAUUCACUACGGUAUCAUUAUUCAAUUGGAUAAGAUUUUAGAUUUGGCCAAUACAAGUAAUAUGAAUGACAGUGUUCCAACCUCAUGGGAACCAAAGACGCUGAAUAAUAUGAUUGUUUCGUCUUCUGACCAAGAUGCUCUCAUUGCUGAAGUGGUAUGGAGAAACUUUUAUUGCGGAGGCGUCGAAUUUACAAAUCUCGACGUGGAUGACACCAUUAAGGGAGAAGUGGAAGUGACAGCCGAAGACUUGGCAUUCUGGACACGUUACAUUCGAUAUGUACUGAGCUGGACAGACCACAUUGAUUCAGUGAUCUUUAUUCGUGGACUCUUCCACUAUCACCUUCCCAAUGACGAUUUUGUGGUGAAAUUUAAGCCAAACGAAAAGCCAGUGAAGCCAGCUCAAUUACCAACAACACAAGACAAAAAAUAA